UAGACAUUUUCGAUAGUAUAUUUAUGAAACUAUAGAGACAAAAGUUUUUAAAGAAGUGAUUUUUCCACAACGGGAACGUGUAUUUCACCGUUUUUCACUUAGUUUUACAUGUUUCCCUUCAUUUUACACUAUGACGGAUUCUUCAAAUGUUUUCAAUAAUUUCGAUAAUAAACCUGAGUUCCUAACACUCAUAAAAUCGAUUAUAAAGAAGGAUGAUGCAAAUCGAUUGCUAGCAGUAUUAAAUUAUCUUAGUCAAGAUACCGCUACUUUAAAUACCACUGACAAUAAUAAAUGUAACGAAAUAGAAAACAAACUGUUUGAUUUUGAGCAUACAGUUCUUGGAUAUGAAAAUUUAUUGCAUCUUGCAGUUUUAUAUCAUGCUUCCGCUUGUAUUCAAAUCUUAAUCAAUCCACCAUAUAUGUGGAGUCCAUAUUACGUGAAUAAAAAUGGGGAAAGUGCUAUGCAACUAGCUGAACAACAAGGAUGUUUUAAAUUGCAAUAUAUAAUGGCAGCGAAUUCACCAGAAAAUUUUUUUGUUACUCCUGAAUUCUCACUCCGAUCAGUUUCGUCGCUUUUAAUUUAUCCACAAGCAUUUAUUACAGAACCAUUUUCUUAUAGUGAGCUUUUCAAUUGGAGUAACUAUGAUGUUAUGCCUGGUAGUGCAGUUGAAUACCUGAACAAUAGAAUAAUUGGUCAAUAUAGAUCAGUUCAUAAUUUAUCAUUGCUUUUUGAAUUGAUAAUUGCAACUCCAGAAAUUUGUCCUACAAUAUUAUCAGAUAUAAAUGAAAUACGUAAAAUAUUAAAUGAUAUUAAGAAAUAUUAUGAAAAUUAUAAUAGAACAUUAGAUGAUAAAUGCCGAUAUGCUAUGGAACUGCAUUUUUUAACUAUUUUUUCUGAACAUAUGACAGUAACUCAUAAAUGGGAAGAAAUAUGGAAUAGAUUAUUUUAUACGUGGUUAUUUUAUCGUACAGUAAUUAAAAAUAAAAAGAAUAUCAAAUGGAAUGACAUCAAUACUUACAUGUACAUUCAACAACCAUUUGAAUUACAAGCUAUUUGUCGUAUUUCAUUGAGAAGAUAUGCAGUAAAACAAACAGGUGUCAACUACGCUUAUUUCGUUAAACAUUUGGACUUACCAAUACACUUGGAAAAUUACCUACUCUAUAGUGAAUACUGGUAUCUUUGAAAAUUCAGAAACCAAAGUCAUACUAACACAUAAAAAAUUAUAUUUACAGAUAUCCUUGAAUUUUGUACAUGUUUCAUACUGACAUACACAAUGUAAAUACCGAUUAAUCUCUAAAGUAACAUUCAUGAAGGGUUAUUUUUUAAGCAAACUAAUGCAUUACUACUAAUUUUAAACCACAUGUUGGUAAGCUACUCAAUUCUGUUUUAAAGACGUAACAGCCUGAAUUCGUGUUUGAAUAAAUUUCAAUAAACUGUCAAAGUAAAGGAUAUCCAAAGCCCGCUUCGAUAGUUUGAAUAAAUGUUUGUCAGAACCCCUAAUGUAAAAUCAGUCAUAAAAUUGGGACCAGAAUAAUUCACUCGAACUGAAGAAUUCAUAAAACCACCUAACUGAUUCUAAAAGCUGUGGUGACUUUUCGUGUUAGGUUAAGUCAAAAUAUGAUAGUAAAACUGUUUGAAAUAACUGCUAAUAGUUAUCCCUCAAAAAUCACUAUUACCUGGGACGGGACUGGAAAUCCAUGAUUAUUGAACAGUUCUUAUAGUCAGAAUUUAUGGGCCAACACAUGGGAAAAUUUUCCAAUACUGAUAAUUGUAUUAGUUCAUAAUGGAAAUGAAGCUUAAUUAAGUUCUUAUCCGAUAAUAACAACACUUCGACGAUAUAUCAGCCUAAACUGCCUUACAAAUUAUAUAAACGAACUCUAAUUUGCUGCUAUCAAUGUUUUAUAAGUAGCCAAUAGUUAACAUUUACUAGUCGAAUGCUAUUUUGAACGAUAUCACUCAAUGAAUCUCCACACUACUAACA